GUUAACUUGCCUUCCUGGCAACGCGGGAUGUACUGGAAGACACAGACGCUCCGCUCUCUCUCUCGCCCUCUCCCUCCCCCCUCUCUCUCCCAACCAUGCAACGCAAGAGUUGACUGGAGGUAAUCCCCUCCAUGUGAGGAGGCGGCACGGGUGUGGAGGCGUGUUGUUUUUCAUUCAAAUCCUUACUAGUCCUAUAAAAGAGGAACUUUAAGCAGAAGGGGUUGAAGUAGAUGGGAGAGAGGUAUCAGACACGACUGUCUUGCGGGCCGGAGGGUAAAGGAGAUGCAGCUGUCUGCAGGUGUCCAAACGGCGCGGGCGCUGAGGUACGCGACCGUAUGCCUGCUGCUAUUCCCCCGCUUUCUGCUGGCGGCUCUGAUGCUGUGGCUUCUCGACUUUCUUUGCAUCAGGCGGAAGGUCCUGAUGAAGGUGAGGGAACAGGAGACGAAUGCCGACGACCCCCCGGUGUGCGUGUCCGACUCUAACAAAAUGUUCACCCUGGAGUCGCUCCGCGCCGUGUGGUACGGCCAAAAACUGGACCUUUUCAAAACGGCGCACCUGGGAUAUAGCGCGCCGAACACCGAAGUAGUUCAGCUGCACCAGCGCAAGCCGGCGCGCAUUCUGGACUAUGCGCGGGGACGCAGACCGCUCAUCAUAAACUUCGGGAGCUGCUCCUGACCGCCGUUCAUGACGCGUCUGUCGGCCUUCCAACGGGUCGUCAGUCAGUACGCGGACAUCGCAGACUCUCUGCUUGUAUAUAUCGAGGAGGCGCAUCCUUCCGAUGGAUGGGUGAGCACCGACGCUCCGUAUCAGAUUCCCAAGCACCAGAGUCUGGAUGACAGGCUCAAAGCCGCAAAGCUCAUGCAUUUGGAGACUCCUGCCAUCGUCGUAGUGGUGGAUACCAUGGAGAACACGUCCAACGCAGCUUACGGCGCAUAUUUUGAGAGACUUUACAUCCUGAAGGAUGAGAAGGUUGUUUUUCAAGGAGGUAGAGGUCCGGAGGGAUAUCGGAUCUCGGAGCUGAAAAACUGGCUCGAGCAAUAUCGGAGCACUCUUGAUAAUUCCAGAACUGUGGUUGUUCACGUCUAACGUGAAUCUAAAUCGUUAUUUUUUAUUUACGUAGGCCUAUAAAAGAAUGAGGCACCAGAGAAAAUAUGAAUCGAAGGCCACCAAGCUGCUAUAACUGGUGAACGAUACAUUAUGUUUUGUUUAAAAGUCUUGUGCAAGUUGUGUUCUAUUUAGAGUGGUAACGCGAACGCAUGAUAAGCUGUUGUGACUGUGAUGCCCUUGUUCGUUUUGUUAAAAAUUGUCCAUAUGUUUACAGUAUGUGGAAAUUAAUAUGUCCUCAUUGUUUGGCACCUGCAGUUUAUCGAUCCCCUGAUUGUGUUUUGUUUUUAUAUGCUGUAUGUUUAUAUGUGAGAGUGGGCGUGUGUGUUUCUGUUGCCAGUAGACCGAGACUGAGUUUUCUUGUGUUGUUGUGAAGUUCGGUUUUUAAAAGGUUUCUCACCAGAAAACCGAUACUGAUGGAUUUUAACACUAGAUGACUCGGUGAUCAGCCACUGUUAACAUGAACAAUUGCCGAACAAUGUUUUGUAAAUUAUGUCUAUUUUUCCGAUACAAAUAAAUUGCGUUUAAAUAAAUGGUAGAAUUAA